UCAAUACAAAUUCUGCCCCUCACCUAAACUUCACAAUUUGCCGGAAUCGGUAGGCUACUAUCUCCAACAGUAGUCUAUUUUUACAGUUACUUUUCAUUUUUAAUAAUUUAAUCUCAAUGGAUCGAUACAUAUUUAUCAUUGUGUUAUUAGCGUGUGUUCUGCGGGCCGUGAGGUGCUACAGCUCCGGAAAGGUGACUGGGGCAUGUGACAAUAUGACACCGCAACACAAAAAAGUCGCACAGCAAAGCCCCGCUCCAUUCUCUGUCACCACUGACCGGUUCAGCUUUAAGGAGGGCGAUGAAAUCAUAGUCAGGCUCCUGGCAGCUUCCACUCCAUUCACUGGGUUUAUGUUACAAGCCAGAGAGGUUGGAGGAAGCAGUCCUCUGGGAUCCUUCACUGUAACAAGUGGAGAGGCCCAGCCACUCACCUGCAACGGACUACCUAAUUCUGCAAUUUCUCACACAUCAAAUUCACCUAAAUCCUCCAUCCAGGGAAUAUGGAGGGCCCCCACAUCAGGCAACCUCAACUCCAUCCAAUUCAGUGCCUCCUUUGUAAAAGAUUACUCCACCUUCUGGGUUGGAGUGAGAAGUUCUCCAGUCACAUACAACAUCGCUGCUGCACCCCCAGCUAGCAGCACAUCCGUUACCUCUACUGCCUCCUCAUCCUCAGAAGUUUCCAACUCCAGCACUGGAUGUGACAGCACUAAGGUCUGUUUCAGCCAACCUCUGAACUGUGAUCCUGGGGUCAGCCCAGACUGUUACUUCCUGUCUGCUAUGACCUCUCUCGGUGACACAGCCGUCCAGCUGGAGAUGACCGGCCCUUCAGAUGGCUACAUCGCCAUUGGCUUCUCAGAUGACCAGAGGAUGGGAAAUGAUGACAUCUAUAUUUGUGGACGGGACAGUGGCGGACUCAUCCAAUUGCAACACGCCUUUUCAACAGGAAGGAAGAUACCAGAGAUACUUCCUCUGGGAAAUGUUUCUGAUGUUAAAUCCUCAGUGAAUAAUAGUAUCAUUAGCUGUUCCUUCACGACUAGGAACCCCAUUUCAACUCAGCGAUCCGGAGGGUCCAGUUCCCUCUACUAUCUCAUGAUCGUUCACGGGCCCUCCAAUAAUGGGAUAAUCGGCCCUCAUACUGGCACCUUCAUCAGUGACACUAAAGUGGAUAUUUCAAGUCCUCAAAUUGUUACAAGUGAAAAAGAGCCACCUAUUAUUAAAGCACAUGGUUCCCUGAUGUUGAUAGCGUGGAUGACCACGGGUAGUUUGGGAAUGAUCAUAGCCAGGUAUCUGAAAGGUGUGGCCAAGGGGAAACAUUAUUUUGGGAAAGAUGUUUGGUUUCUGGUGAGUUUCUAUAAUACUGUCCCUAAUAUGUUAGUGUAGCAACAUUUGAUUGUACUUGAAAUGUUUUCACUGCUAUCGAAUCGGUGCAUUUCUACAUAUAGAUAGAUUGGGAGAGUGUGUCAAUCAGGCGGUCACUUGUGUUUGCCAGGAAGCUAUGCUGUUAAUUAAGCAAGCAGACUGAUGUCCGUCACGUUUCUAGUUUCGAGUUUUAUUCGUCGUAUGUAUGGGAUACACGUGGUAUACACUGUCCAACAAAAUGCUUACUUGCAGGUUCCUUCUCGACAAUGCAACCACAAAGAAAAAAAUAGAAGAAUAUGAACAUAAACAUUAGCACGUCUAGAUGACUUUAUUAGGUGGAAUGUUUUUAGUACUAAAUAAUAAUGCCACAUAAUCUGUACUCUUGGCUUGCAUGUUCCUCGGGUGCACGUGUUUCUUAUGACACUCACUGUUGCCGCCACCAUCAUUGCCUUCAUUUUGGCCUUCUCAGAAGUUGGAGGCUGGAGUGGGGGAGCCCAUCCUGUGUUGGGCUGUAUCGUUAUGAUCCUGGCCUUCUUCCAGCCUAUCGCUGCCAUGUUCCGAUGUGGACCUCAUCAUCACUGGCGAUUCUUAUUCAAUUGGUCGCAUGCUUUGAAUGCAGUGGCAAUAAAAGGUUUAGCUGUGGCAGCCAUCUUCACUGGGCUGUCGUAUUUUAGCACCUCUGAGGAUAGUUGGCUUCUGAAGGUGAUGGGUGGGUUUGUUGGAUGGGAGGCAACGAUGUACAUCCUGCUAGAAUUCCACAUGCGCUGGAAGCGCAAUGAUCAUGCAGAGAGUGCUUCUGAAUCGACAAGCAUGGAGUUGGUACUGCUGGUCUUGUUUUUCCUUGGAAAUAUAGCCUUUUUGGUGGCACUACUUGUUGGAAUUGGCUCAACUUGAAGAUCUGCUGAGCAAUGGACUGAGAUCGGAACGUUGUGAUACAGUAUAUCUAUAAAAUAGCUCAAUGUACAGUAUAUUUUAAAUAAUUGUAUAUUUGUUUGUUGUCAAAUGUUUUAAAGUAACUGUCCAUUGAUUGAGGAUCGAAUGUGAUCAGAUUGUCAAUUUAUACAGUAUCCCUCCAUCUAACUAUGAUAGACUUUCCACGAGGACGGGCAUAUUGGAAAUUUAACCAGGGUUUAUUGACUGACAGUACUUUCUUAACAAAAAGUAAGGAAUUCUUAACAGACUUUCUUGCACAAUACAGGUUCAGUGGACACAAUUAUUGUACUGGAUGGUUUUAAAUGUACCUUUAGGGGCCAUUCAAUUAAAUUGUCAUCCCAAAAAUGGUAUCGGUCAACAGAGAAAAGAAUUUCAAUAGAAACAGAACAUUUAACAUUACACAAUGGUGUUGAAUGUACUUCAUAAUCACUGAAUAAUCUAGACACUUAACAAAAGGAGAUUGAGGAAUUUAUUCAUGAAAGACAGCGUUAAAAAAAUACAAUUACCAGAGCAAAUUCAAUAUAGAAACCCGACCAAAAAGAACCUACAGACAAAGUUACAAACGAUGGAGAAAUCCUUCACACCAAAGGAGAUUCUGAAUGAGGAAGGUCCUCCAACUUCAUUUGAUGAGUUUUGUGAUAUACAGUACCAGUCAAAAGUUUGGACACACCUACUCUUUAUUUGUACUAUUUUGUACCUUGUAGAAUAAUAGUGAAGACAUCACAACUAUGAAAUAACACAUGUUGA